AUGACCAAACCUAAAUCAGUUGGAAGCCUAGGAUUCCGAGAUAUACAAUUCUUCAACCAGGCGCUAGUAGCUAAGCAAGCAUGGAAAGUCCUAACGAAACCGGGAAGCCUACUAGCAAAGAUACUACUAGGGAAGUACUGUCACAAGCAAUCACUCCUAACAGUAAACGCCCCUACCAAUUGCUCACAUGGUUGGAGAAGUCUCCUACAUGGAAGAGACCUGCUAAAGGGAUACUUAGGGAAAGCUAUUGGAAACGGAUGUACUACUAGUGUAUGGAAAGACACAUGGGUUUCCCUAACCAGUCAAGUGAAGCCCUAUGGUCCUAUUGCAGAAGCAGAUAUGGACCUUACUGUGUCGGAUCUCCUAACUGAUGACAUGCAAUGGAACACUAAGAGACUAAAGGAAGUAUUACCUCUGCUGGUGGAUCAGAUCAAGUGCAUCAAACCGAGUAGUACGGGAGCUGAAGAUGUGUUCAUCUGGCAACCAACCUCUUCUGGGGACUAUACAACUAAAUCAGGCUACGCGGUAGCUGCAACGAAAGGGUCAACCCUCCUAGUACCAAACUCUGAUCUGUUCAACUGGAUACGUGAUGUGUGGGCAACAGAAUGUUCCCCUAAGAUGAAGGUCUUCACUUGGUCUAUAAUCCAACGAGCACUGCCUCUUGGAGAGAACCUACAAAGCAGAGGAAUACAUGCUCAAGCUAAGUGUAUACGCUGUAAUGAGUUAGAAACAGCUAAGCACAUCUUUUUCGAUUGUCCUUUUGCAAAAGAGGUAUGGAGUCUAAUACUUCUCAAGGAAGUAGUUCACCUAGCUACAGCAACGGACUUCAAAGAAGCGGUAGUGGCAUUCAAAAGAGCAGUAUGCCUCCCACCAUCAGGAAUCACCGGAAGCAUCCUACCGUGGAUCUCUUGGACACUCUGGACGGCUCGGAACACACUAAUCUUCAAGAAGCGACACCUAACCAAAGAAGAAGUUGCAACGAAAGGACUAAGAUUAGCAAGAGAAUGGUGUCAAACUCAGAACCAAACCGCAAAGAUGGAAAAAUCAAUACAUGUAGGCCCUACAAGAGUGAAGAAUCGACAUGCAGACCCUACCAUCCCAACCUGCAAAUCAGAUGCAGCAUGGGCCAAAGAUACGCAGAAAGCGGGGCUAGCGUGGAUCAUCAACGGACCGGAGGAAGCGCCGAUCAAACAAGGAUCGACAGUACAGGAUUUCGUCACCUUGCCGAUUGUAACAGAAGCUUUAGCUCUCCGAUUGGGCCUCAUCGCAGCAGUGAAUCUCGGUCUCCCAAGGAUCAAGAUGCUCUCUGAAAACGCAACGCUCAUCAGAGCAAUCAACAACGACGCCCAGAACAAAGAGAUUUACGGAAUCGUUCGCGAUAUCCAGCAAAUCUCAUCUGUGUUCGUCGAUAUCUCCUUUGUUUUUCUCUCUCGAUCUCAAAACAAUCAAGCCGAUAGCUUGGCAAAACAAGUCUUAGCGGGCUCUGUUUCUUCUGGUUGCCCAUUGGGCUAG